AUGUCGUCCCCGGAGAAGAAGAAGAGAAAGAAGACAACGACGAAGAAACCGUUGUGUAAGCCAUCGCUGUUGCUCCCACCGACCCCGGAAUCAACCCCAGAUCCGUAUCUUCCCGAUGAUUUGCUACUGAGCUGCUUCCCACAAGUCUCGAGCUUGUACUACCCGACUCUCUCCCUCGUCUCCAAGAGAUUUCGAUCUCUCCUUGCUUCACCGGAGCUUUACAAGAUCCGAUCAGUCUUAGGUCACACAGAGAGUUGUCUCUAUGUGUACUCACGAUUCUAUGCUGGCCCUAACUUUCUCUGGUUUACUCUCUGCCGGAGACCUAAUCGAACCCUAACAGAGAAGAAGAAGCAAAGUAGCAAUAUUUUGGUUCCAGACUUCCAGUCACAUCUUCUCCUCAUUGUACUCGUCGUGGGCCUCGUGGCUCAACUACUUACACUGUGGGGAGAGUUCAAAUGGUUAAACACUAAGGAAAGUUACUGGAGAAUCUUGAAGGGUUUGUUUGGACUGCCUAAUUAUUUGUCUUCUUGGAACACCUCUAGUCAGGUUCAGUUGGCAGAUUAUGGUGGAAAGAUGGCGGUUUUAUGGGACAGACAUGAUUAUUCUAGCAAAUGUAAGGGAAGAAACGUUUGGUGUGCGGUGAUCACGCUUGAAAGGCGUAGUAGUGAAGAGAUUUGGGGAACAGUCGAGUGGUCUGAAGUUGUGCUUAAAGUCCCCAAAGAUUUUCAAUUUGUGGAUGUCCUUUCUGCUACUGUUUGA